AUGACAAGUCGAGGCCCUCUAACCGCCUACCUGCUAUCAAGCACUCCCAAUGCACUCAAACGCGCAACAACCCACCCCUUCCUCGCCUCCGCCGGCCACGGCACCCUCCCAAAACCCCAACUAAGCCAAUGGCUCUCUCAAGACCGACUCUACGCCCAAUCCUACAUCCGCUUCAUCGGCCUCCUCCUCUCAAAAAUCCGCCUCCCAAUCCAAAACCCAACCUCAGAAGGCCCACACCUCUCAACCCCAGAACAAAACGCCAUAACCGUCCUCAUCGACGCCCUAGUCAACAUCCGCACAGAACUCGCCUUCUUCGAAAAAACAGCAAACGACUACGGCCUCGAUCUAACAGCCAUCUCCCCUGAAGAAGGCGGCUGCACACUCACAUCCUGCGGACUGGGCUCGGACAUCACUACCUCCGUUGGAAUAUCCACCACCGGCUCGGCGAGUUGUCCGGGGUUCACGGGCGGCGCGUGCGAAGGGCCGCAUGGGAAUGACAAUGGCAAUGGCAAUGGCAAUGGCAAUGGCAAUGGGAGCGAGGGCGGGGGCACGUGUCCCGCGUCCACUGAUGAGAAAGCCAGGGCGUCUGGCCACGGUCUGUGUUUGAGUCAGGGGGAGUGCCAGAUGCCGUCUGGGGGCGAGGUUUGUGCGCCUGGACCGCAGUUCAAUGAGUCUGAACGCGGCGUCGAGCCUGCUCCUGUUGGUGGUGAGCGGUGUGGGACUAUUUUCUUCUGUGCGAGUCGGACGACGAGGGCUUAUAUUGAUAUGUUUAUGUCUGCUGGGAGUAGUGGGGUUUCUAUUUUGGAGGGGUUGGCGGUGUUGUGGGCUACGGAGGUUUGCGGCGCGGUGUAUGCGGGAGGAUGGGGGGAUGGGGAGAGGGAUUAUAAGAAGGAUGCGGAUGGGGGUGCGUUGAGGGAGAGGUUUAUUGAGAAUUGGUCGAGUGUUGAGUUUGAAGGGUUUGUUGAUCGGAUUGGGGAUGUUGUUGAUGAAAUGGCGGGGCAGAUUAAGGGGGCGGAGGAGAUGGAGAUUAUGCGGGGAAGAUGUUUGGAAUGGUGGAGGCAGAUUGUUUGGUUGGAGGAGAAUUUUUGGCCGUCAGUUGCUGAAUGA